AUGCCGCCCAAGGGCAACGUCUCGACCCGGCUCAACCCGCUACGUCUAAACACCAUCAACCAUCUGCGUGUUCGUCGGCCGAAUCAGAAUGAGCAGAACCCUUGUGUUACUGUCAUGUCCUCUAUCCUCAACUGCUGGGCUUCUCAGGGAUAUAACCAUGAGGGCUGUGCCGCCCUUGAGACUCAGUUGCGAAAGUGCAUGGACCAACCGAAAUCCACCGAGAAGAAGAAGAACACCGUCAACUACCACUUGAUGAGAAUGUACCCCAAGGUCGUCGGACCUCGGAAGAAGGACGGCGUGCUGGGCUAA